ACCGGGGUGCGUGUGAAGCAGAGGGGCUCCGCACACUAAGCUUAGUGCCAAAUGUGGUGUAAGCUCCCAACAGAGAGUGUCAGUGCGCGUCUCCCGUUGGCAAGAAGCGGAGAGGAGUGUGCGUGAGAGGUGCGUCUGUUCCAUACAUAUAACAGCGAGAGAGUCACUCACACGGAGGAAAAGAAGGAGGAGGAGGAGGAGAGAGGCAACUUCAGCCGGCUCCAUCAUCACAAGUGCGCACAGUCCUGGAGGCGAGCGCGCAGCAGUGAACAAGUGGACCGCGCUUCCAGCCCGUGGCUUUGAUUCUGCAGAGUGGAAAGUUAUCAGGAGUAGGAAACAAUGCAUCUGUGACUCGACUUAAAUCAAGUGUUGGGACUUAUUCACAGCGAUUGCACUCGAGUGGAUCGUAUCACGGGAGAGCGUGCGAGUGAGUGGACCACCAGCAGCCCCGCACCAAACAGACGGAGCAGGCGUUUCUCCACGCGGCCACGGGGGAACAACUACGAUGACCGUGCUUUACCUCAUCUUUUGCCUUAUGGCUUCAGCCGCCACCCGAGCAGCCUACUUCUCCCAGCAGCCUCAGGACCAGGUGGUGGUGUCUGGGCAGUCCGUGACUCUACCAUGUGUCAUUGUGGGCUACCGGGGGAUGGUGCAGUGGACCAAAGACGGACUGGCUUUGGGUGGAGAGAGAGACCUACCAGGCUGGACGCGCUACUCCUUAAUGGGCGACCCGCUAUCAGGCGAGCACAGCUUGCUGAUCGAUUCGGCAGAGCUGGUGGAUGAUGCCGUGUACGAGUGUCAGGCGACACAGGCGGGCCUGCGCUCCCACCGAGCCAAGCUCACUGUACUAGUCCCUCCUUCAGAUCCUUUGGUGGAGGGAGGCCCCGUUGUGCGUCUUAAAGCCCACACGUCACACAACCUCACCUGCAGAUCCUACGGAGCCAAGCCUGCUGCAGAGAUCACCUGGUACAGAGAUGGAGAAGUCAUGGAGACAGCCAUUUACUCCAAGACACUGAUGGAAGAUGGGAAGAGGGAGGCAGCUGUCAGCAUGCUUCCAAUCAUCCCAGAGGACAGCGACUCCGGCCGCACCUACACCUGCAGGGUUCUCAACCCAGCUGCCCCUGCUGGAAGGCAGACAUCCAUCACUAUCAAUGUCCAACACCCUCCAUCUGUGGUUUUGUCAGUCCAGCCUCAGACAGUGACCGAAGGUGCCAAGGUUCUCUUCAUAUGCACCGCUUCAGCCAAUCCGGAAAUUAUUGGCUACAGGUGGUCGAAAGGAGGAGUCCCCAUCUCUGAGGCGAAUGGCGACAGUCUGGAGGUGACCGUGGACCAUUCCUACUUCACAGAUCCGGUCUCCUGUGCGGUAUCCAACUCUGUGGGCAGCACCAAUGUUAGCACCCUGGUUGAUGUUCAGUUUGGCCCCAGAUUGCUGUCGGGGCCAAAGCCAAUGACUGUGGAUAUUGGGAUGGAUGCAGCGUUCACUUGCACGUGGACUGGAAACCCUCCCUUGACCCUGGCUUGGACCAAACAAGGCUCAAGCGAGGUGCUGAGUAACAGCAACACGUUGCAGAUCAAGUCUGUUACCCAGGCCGAGGCUGGGACUUACACCUGCAAGGCCAUCGUUCCACGCAUAGGAAUUGCAGAAAGAGAUGCCACUCUGACUGUAAAUGGCCCUCCUAUCAUCACAGCCGAGGCCACGCAGCAUGCUGUGAAGCACUCCAAGGGCAAGCUGGAAUGCAGGGUGGGAAGCAGCCCACCACCUUAUAAGAUCGUAUGGUCCUUUGGAGACAUUAGCCUUUCGUCCGGUUCCUCUGGUCGCUACUCAGUACAAACAGUAACCAGUGACCAAGGAGUUGUGUCCUCUCUGGUGCUCUCUGAAACCCUGGCGCCUGAUUUUGAGCUGCGUUACAACUGUACUGCUUGGAACAACUUUGGCACCGGCACCGCUUUGGUCACGCUCAAGGAACAAGAAGCCCCGCCCAUGUUGUUAAUUGUUGGUGGAUCAGUAGGUGGCGGCUGUGUCCUGCUCAUUUGCGUCAUCACGCUGGUCUCCAUCUGCUGCAGGCACACAGGCAAAGGUGAGCUCAACGGCAAAAGAUGUACCCGACUCUCCAAGAGUGACAUCAGAGUUCAAAUUGUUCACAGUGAUCACAACGCCACACGUGGCAAUGAUGACGAGGAGGAUGUCAAAGAGCCAAUGGCUCCAAAUAGUAGCGAGUCUCCCGGGACAUCUCGCACAGAACACAGUGAUCUCUUGGAAGAGGAGGAGGAUGAGCGAUCGGACAACAAGGACCCCACCAAUGGUUACUACAACGUGCGCGGCCACGAAGAUCGCCACAUACGCGGCGGUGGCUUCUCAGAGUACGCUUCAAACCCUCGGCCCGUCUACACGCCAUCGCAGCUGCCCUCCCCAAGCCCAAUGUACGGCCAACAUGGCACCCAACCACGAGUCUACGACUUUGCCCACCGAUACGCGACCAAUACACUGACCCAGCCCACGUACGAGCAACAAGCCGCCCAACAGCAGCCAUCUCAACCAGCCACCAUUUAUCCCGCCGACCCCGUCUACAGCGGCUCCGCUUACCUGCCCGCAACCUACGGCCGCGCCUUCACCAGCUAUGUCAAACCAGCCUCUUAUGAGAAAGUGGACGCCUAUGACCAGUCGGACGAGGCAAGCAAGGUGUCCAGCUCGUCCCGCUUCUCUUACGCCUCAUCGCAAAUGUCCUCCCAGCAGUCGGACUACGGCCGACCGUCACAACGUAUGCAGACGCAUGUUUGAAUUAGACAAGGGGCGUUGGAAAUCAAAAGAACCGAUGAGUCGUCAACUACGUCGUUGCACCAUGCACAUGGGGGAGAACUAACAUGAACAGAGACUUUGUCAAAUUGGACAAGUAAACUCAUUCAGUACCACCCAAUUCUAGACCAAGUCUUAAAAGACGUUUAAAAACGUCUUUGGGAGUGAAUGAGUUUAAGCGGAAGUCACUUCAAGGCGUUGACGUGGCCAAUGGAGGUAUUACGAUCUCAACAAAGCCGGAGAUUUCAGCAGAUUGCGUCGUUCAAGUUCAACAACUAAAUUCAAGAGUGACAACUCACCAAGUUUAUGUCUGCAUGAUGACCACACAUGAACCAAACAUGUGUUGGUCCUCGAUCGGUGGACUCGGAAAAACAGAAAACUUGACGAAGCGGCAUUCAAGUUUACUUCACGUCAACGCCAAAUGUGAAACAUCAGCAAUGAAGUUCCCACCGCUUAAAACGGACCUGAACAACCCGUCCGUCAUCAAUUGUCUUUUGCUGUUUUGGUUUGGCAUGCGAGAGGAAUACUAAGCACAUUUGUGUGUCGAUUACCAACAAAAGACUGGGCUAGCCACAGGAAGAAAUGAACCUGCGAUAUUUGGGAAUACUUUGGCCUGACCUGGACCCUUGAAAACAACCGGACCACAAAGUGUGAAUCUUAGCCUUGUUUUCCAUGAAGAAUGAUAUGCUAACCGUGUGUUUUAAAAGAAGGCAAAUGAAAAGGCCAUAAAAACCCAAAGAUUGUGAGCAUUUUACAGGGUUGGGGUCCCAGUACUCAUUCCUUGCCCCAGUACUGUUUUCUCCAGUGUUUUGUGAUUGCGGAGGAGCAGGGCAAAGUAGGGUACUGUAUUAUACCGGAACAAUCAAAUGUGAUAGUUUGGAAGUAACUUGGUGGCAAUCUUGAACUUGAAUGCCACGUCAGGUGGGGCAACAUGUCGUCACUCGUCAGAUGGACGGUUUACAUCGAACUCAAAUGGUCUGAAAAAUGUUUACAAAAAAAACAGUACUACCCUGGAAAUAUCUGUACAAAUGGCCUAAGCCCAUGUUUUCUCUCUGUUGCAUGCAAAUGAUGUGUCUAGUGAAAACCUUCCGCAUUUAGAGUCAUGUCCAUUUCACGUUUGAGACGUUUGUUUCUGCACCUGGCUCAGUCGCAUUCUACCUUGUGGAUGUUUCAGUGUAUGAUGCCUGUACUGCCAUUUGACGCUUGUUACCAGGCAGCCUGACGAGAACAAGUAAAUAGUGGAGGCAAAAAUCAUCGCUUGUCUUUAUUUUUCUAUUUUAUAUAAGCCUUAAUGUACAGCGUGUAAGCUGCUCUAUUGUAAAAUAUCUUUAUAUAAUAUGUUAUCAGUCUUGGUUGAUUUAUUUGGAGACACAUUUUCUUGCUUUACCUUACCAAUCAUUGAAAGCUUCUUUUUUUUCUCACUAGUCUUUUUUUUUUUUUUUUUUAAUCUCAACUAAUUGCCAUUUGCUUGUUCAUUCUUUUAAUGUAUCAAGAAUUUGAUUUGCUAAAAUAAGCUACCAUUGCUUGUAUCUUUGUACACAUAUUUAUAUUUAAAUAAAACCAUUUCCGAUAAAGUCA